CCUGUCAGCUUGGAGCGAAAUCAAUCUUCAGUUCAACAACGCCAUCGCACGGCAUCAUAUUCAACAUAUCAUGUCAAUUGUAUGGGUGCGCAGCCCUGCUAUUUGGGCGCGCAUGAAUUUAACAUUUCUCUCCCCUACUUCUAUGUAUGAGAUUCGAUGCGGACUCACCUGAGGGCGACAUGCUAGCAAAAAAGGAUGUUGCCAAUGAUUUGUUCGGGAAAUGUGAGAGCUGGAUAUCUUGUUAAUAUGAUGUCUUUGGUACAAGUCAAGUUAUUGUGAGAGAGUCGACCCAAAAUUCACUAAUUUUCGUGCACUAAACAAGGUAAACGCGUAAAACAAAUGUAUUACUGUUUGUUUGUUUACGUUGCAAUCAGCUGAUUUUGAAGUUCCGAUUUUGAUCUCAUCAAGAUGGCGUCGUGACAGGGAGCCGGUUUUUUCUUCUUCACGUCUCUGUUAUUCCAAAAUAAAAUGACAACCGCACUAACACAUGAUCACCAGGGUAUUUUACAUCGUGGUGUUAGACGAAGAGCAGUAUAUUCAAAAUCGACAAAACAGCUGCGACUUUGAUACCAAGUAGCUAUCGGUAGUAUCGGUACAUAAUAUCCGUUUAAUAUCUGCAUACAGCUGUUAGUUUGCUAUUUAUACACAAAGUUGUCAGUUUGUCACGAUAAGGUUAAAAUGUUAAGCGUCGCGAGAAACGUACUCAAACAACGUGUAUACUUUUCCACAGCAUUGAAAACAGAAGCUAGUAAACAAAUUCCGGUAAUCACCUGUAAGCGAACGGAAUAUAACUUAUUUGCAAAGGACUAUCCUGCUGGCAAAGAUGGAAAUAAUAAAUUCGGAAAGUUGGAGUUGGCCUCAAGUGGAUGGCGUCAUCAUAAAUCAACAGGCGAUUCCUUCAUUGUACAUCCAAUUCAGCGUUCAUUUGAGGCUCAUGCCUUGAGCGACGUGCACUUUCAACAAUUAGGAAUUCGAACAGAAUUAGCGGAAAAUUUGAAAAAGAAACAUGCUUUAUAUCCUACAAUAUAUCAAGCAGAAGGCAUCCCCACUGUUCUCAAUGGGGAACAUGUUCUCUUAGCUGCAGAAACAGGAUGCGGCAAAACUUACACUUAUUUGAUUCCAAUACUCGAGCAGAUUCUUCAAAGAAACCUGCACGGAAGACAAGAACAUAUGAAUUCUCCGUUGGUAUUUAUUUUAACUCCUGGAAGAGAAUUGGCUCAACAAAUUGGUCGGGUGCUUGAGAGCUUAACAGAAGGAACGGGAAUUAUUUCGAGAGUUUUACUGGGCGGACGAACCAAACAACACAUGUUGAAUCCGCAUUUCGAAGACAUCGAUAUUCUUGUAUCAAGUUUUGGGGCAAUUAGUAAACUUGUUUCCAGCGGCAUUUACAAGACCAAUGACACCCGUUGGGUAGUGUUAGAUGAAGCAGAUACACUGUUGGAUGAUAGUUUCAAUAGUAAAUUGCUUCAUUUUAUGAAACGAUUUCCGUUCCAUAAAAACCAUUUACAAGAUCUUGGUGAUAAUAUUCGAGGGACACAAUUGAUUCUAACUGCAGCUACAAUGCCUUCUAAUAUGGCGGAACAAAUUGGUCAACUAGUUAGUAUGGAAACAGUGGAAGAAGUUGUCAGUCCUAACUUGCACCGAAUUAUGUCUCACGUUGCCCAACGUUUUCUUCGCGUAAAAAAAUCCAAUCGACCGAACAUACUGCUAAAUCUAGUUGAAAAAGAUAUGAAGCAACGGCGACCCGUUAUCAUAUUCAGCAAUAAAACACCUACUAGUGAUUUCAUUUCCAUAUUCCUUAACGAAGCAAAAAUGCCCUGCGUCAAUCUCAACGGUGAUAUGCUACUCAAACUCCGAUUAGGACAGUUUGAAAAGUUUCAACAAGGAGAAGUUAACGUAAUCUCCACGACGGACGUGGCAAGUCGCGGUUUGGAUACGACCCGGGCAGCUCACGUAAUUAACUUUGAUUUUCCUCUGUAUGCCGCCGACUACAUACACCGCGUCGGUAGAAUCGGACGCAUUGGAAGCCGGGGCGAUUGUUUAGUAACGAAUUUGGUCUCCAGUCAAGCAGAAAUAGGUGCAGUACAGCGGAUAGAGCAUGCAGCAAGAACCGACAGUCCACUGUCGAAUGUGGAUGCAAACGUGAAGGGUAUUAUCCGGAGGCGGUUAAAACGCGCUCUGGGUGUUUCUUAGUACCAAUUGUUCUAGAAAAACAACGCUGAAAAGUU